AAGAAAAGCACGUAGAGCAGCAGGUGGAACAGCCCUCAGUCUCGUCGGACCCGUCGCCCGAAAGCAAGCGCGCGAGCAGCACCGGUCACUCACGGAAGGAGCAGCAGUGGUGGAAGACAAAGCGGGAGUGGUAGCAGAGACAGGAAAAGAUUGUCAGGACACGCGAGAGAGACGACACGGAGGGAAAGAUGGCGCAGGACAAGAUGAGCAUCGCGCGAGUUUACCCAAAUGCGAAUGAGAAGUUUGGACGGACGUGGUGGGACUAUGACAAUCUCGUGGUACAGUGGGGCACACAGGACAAUUAUGAGAUUCUUCGCAAAGUCGGUCGAGGAAAGUACAGCGAGGUCUUUGAGGGCAUCAACGUCGCGGGCGCCUCUGCACCAGAGAAAUGCAUCAUCAAGGUCCUAAAGCCCGUCAAGAAGAAGAAGAUCAAGAGAGAGAUCAAGAUCUUGCAAAAUCUGGCCGGCGGACCCAACGUCGUGGGCCUUCUUGACGUCGUCCGAGAUCCUCAGUCAAAGACGCCGUCCAUCAUCACCGAGUACAUCAACAACACCGACUUCAAGGUGCUAUACCCAAAGUUUACCGAUUUCGAUGUGCGAUACUACAUGUUUGAGCUUCUCAAGGCUCUCGACUUUUGCCACUCGCGAGGCAUCAUGCAUCGUGAUGUCAAGCCUCACAACGUCAUGAUCGACCACGAGAAGCGCAAGUUGAGGCUCAUCGACUGGGGUCUGGCCGAGUUCUACCACCCGCAGACGGAAUACAACGUCCGGGUGGCCUCGCGCUAUUUCAAAGGUCCCGAGCUCCUCGUCGACUACCAAAUGUACGACUAUUCACUCGAUAUGUGGAGUCUUGGUUGCAUGUUUGCAAGCAUGAUCUUCCGCAAAGAACCCUUUUUCCACGGUCACUCGAAUACCAACCAGCUUGAAAAGAUCGUCCGGGUAUUGGGUACCGACGAUUUCUUUGCUUACAUGGACAAGUACGAGAUCGAAUUGGACCCCGAGCUAGAGGAUGUCAUCUCGGGCCGAUGGCAACGGAGGCCCUGGUCUCGAUUCGUCACAACGGAGAAUCAACGAUACAUUUCAAACGAUGCCAUUGAUUUCCUCGAUAAAAUGUUGCGAUAUGACCAUCAGGAGAGGCUCACGGCUGCGGAAGCGCAAGAGCACCCUUAUUUUGCCCCCGUCAAGGCAGCGGCAGAACGAGGAGAGGUGCCGACGGCAGCGUGAAAGGAGAGAACGGAAAGAAGAGGGACCAAUUUUCUUCGUCGCUCAGUCUCUAGCCUUUCCUUUUGUGUGAUACGCAAUCCGAAAAAGAAGAUGCGCAGGGCAUGGGUCCAAGUCAUCCUUGCUGCCCUCCAAUCGGUCUUUUGAUUCCUUGGCUCGGUCGUGGAGAUGAGGCACGGGGGUGAAAUCAUGGUGCGAUUAGAUAGAAUAGUAAGCGGGGAGCGGCUGUAAACAGAAGGGUGUGUGGUGUAUAGGAUCGACAAAGGGGCUGUAGACGAUUUAAAUUGAGGGCGGAUUCCUUUCCUGUAGAGCAUGGUACA